GGGGCGGGCUGAGGGGGCCGGGCCGGACUGACAGGCACCGAGCUGAGGGAGGACAAGAGCCGAGGCGGGCUGAGGGGGCCGGGCUGAGGGAGGACAGAAACGAGCCGGCUGAGGCGGGACAGGCCCCGUCGAGGCACCAUGUCGGGGGCAGCGAGGACGACCAUCUGCCUGCUGCGCUGCGACCUGCGCGCCCACGAUAACCAGGUGCUCCACUGGGCUCAGAGCAACGCAGAUUUCGUUAUUCCCCUCUACUGCUUCGACCCGCGGCACUACCUGGGCACCCACUGCUACAGCUUCCCGAAGACAGGGCCUCAUCGGCUCAGGUUUUUGUUGGAAAGCGUGAAGGAUCUAAGGGAAACUCUCAAGAAAAAAGGAAGUACCCUGGUUGUGAGGAAGGGGAAGCCAGAAGAUGUGGUCUGUGAUCUCAUUACUCAGUUGGGCUCUGUCAGUGCUGUGGCUUUCCAUGAAGAGGCCACGCAGGAGGAGCUGGAUGUGGAGAAGGGGCUGUGCCAAGUGUGUUGUCAGCAUGGGGUGAAGGUUCAGACAUUCUGGGCAUCCACGCUGUAUCAUCGGGACGACCUUCCCUUCAGGCCUAUUGCCAGGUUGCCCGAUGUCUACACCCAUUUCCGAAAAGCAGUGGAAUCAGAGGUGAAGGUCCGGCCAACCCUGCGCAUGGCAGAUCAGCUAAAGCCUCUGGCUCCGGGCGUGGAAGAAGGGUGUAUCCCUACAAUGGAGGAAUUGGGACAGAAGGAUCCUGUGACUGAUCCGCGAACAGCCUUCCCCUGCAGCGGAGGAGAGACCCAAGCUUUAAUGAGACUGCAGUAUUAUUUUUGGGACACGAACCUCGUUGCAUCUUACAAGGAGACUCGGAACGGACUGCUGGGAAUGGAUUACUCAACUAAAUUUGCACCAUGGCUGGCGCUGGGCUGCAUUUCACCUCGAUACAUCUAUGAGCAGAUCCAGAAGUAUGAAAAAGAGAGAACAGCAAAUCAGAGCACAUACUGGAUCCUGUUUGAGCUGCUGUGGCGGGAUUACUUUCGAUUUGUGGCCCUGAAGUAUGGCAAAAGGAUUUUCUCAUUAAGAGGGCUUCAAAGUAAGGAGGUGCCCUGGAAAAAGGACCUUCAGCUCUUCGACUGUUGGAAAGAGGGCAAAACAGGAGUUCCUUUUGUCGAUGCCAACAUGCGAGAGCUGGCUGCGACGGGCUUCAUGUCUAACAGAGGGCGGCAGAACGUUGCCAGCUUUCUCACCAAGGACCUGGGUCUAGACUGGAGGAUGGGGGCCGAAUGGUUUGAAUACCUGCUGGUGGAUUAUGAUGUCUGUAGCAAUUACGGCAACUGGUUGUACAGCGCUGGUAUUGGCAACGACCCGCGGGACAGCAGGAAGUUUAACAUGAUUAAACAAGGCCUGGAUUACGAUGGCAAUAGGCUGGUGCUCUGCAUGCCCUCCCUGCCCUGCCGUGGGUCUGUGUGUUUAGUGGUUCUUCACCGUUUCUUCCGGGUAACAGCCACACCCCACCCAUAUCUCCCACGGCCACUUCCUUGAGCACAGAGCAGCUUCUUGGAGAACUCAGAAGUGACAAGAGAGACGGAACUGCUCACAUGGGACCUCAGGAGGUCUGGGAGAGUAGAUUAAACCUGUGACUCCUCUGACUAUCCUCCGUAAGUGGUGGGAGCAGAUAAAUCAGGUAAAUCGCCCUUUCCAUGUGCUCAGCCAGUGUUCACAUACCAGAUUACCUGUUCCAUCCCUGUUCCUUAGCUUCAUGGCACGCUGCACUGUUGCCUUUCAGCACUGUGGCUGGCAGUACCCAGCAAGGAGUCAGAAAUUCGUCCUCGUAGGGGACUGAGCAGUAUUGUUAAUGGGAGAGAUCCAGGGGCAAGAGGGGUUCUUGCCAAGCACAAGUGCAGCUAAGCUACUCAUCCUGGUUUCCUUCAGUCACUGGAAAGGACUUCCUGGGAGUGACUUCGUCUCGCUGUCCUAAAUAGGGCAGGUGAACUGUACCAAAAAAGCACCUCUGUUUCCCUCCUCUGCCUGCAGAGGGAGAAGAGCUCCAGCACCCAGGUCUCUGUGUUUAGGCAUGAAUUUUUGGUAGAGGGUUUAGCAGGAGGGGCUAAGACUUGACAGAGGUAACUGAUGCUGCAGUACGACAGCUUCUUUGGCUGGAAAUCAGGCUUUUUUCUUUCACAUUAAGAAAGACUGUGGCUGGGAAGCACUUACAGUGGGUCACUGAAUGGAUCC